UAAAUUUGCGGUCACACCGGCUAUUGCAUAAACUGUCAGUGCAAAACAAAAUUUUAACUUAAAACCGAGCAAUUCGUGCUAAUGGCAGCCAUAAUUAGGACUCUGGGUGCCAGAGCUGCUCACGCCGUUCUGGCGACGAAGCAUGUGCUGCCCGCUGCUAGCACAGCUGCUCUUCGUUUCGCCAGCACAGCGGCCGUCGAUGCCAAAAAACCGGAGAAACCCACUGUGCGAAAGCCGGAUGCAGCCGCUCGCACCAGUCUCUCGGAUUUCGGCCGCUACGUUGCCGAAUGCCUACCCAAGUACGUGCAGAAGGUUCAGCUGACCGCCGGCGAUGAGCUGGAGGUGCUUAUUGCCCCCGAUGGCGUGGUGCCCGUGCUGCAGUUCCUGAAGGAUCACCACCAGGCACAGUUCACCAAUCUGAUCGACAUUGCCGGCUUGGAUGUGCCUUGCCGGAAGCAUCGCUUCGAGGUUGUGUACAACCUUCUGUCGCUGCGCUACAAUUCCCGUAUUCGCGUCAAGACCUACACCGAUGAGCUGACGCCCCUGGACUCUGCCUGCGAGGUGCACAAGGCAGCCAACUGGUACGAGCGUGAGAUUUGGGACAUGUACGGCGUGUUCUUUGCCAAUCAUCCCGAUUUGCGUCGCAUUCUAACCGAUUAUGGCUUCGAGGGCCAUCCCCAGCGUCGCGACUUCCCUCUGUCCGGCUACGUGGAGCUGCGCUACGAUGAUGAGAAGAAACGCGUCGUUGGCGCGGCGUCAUUCCGUAAUGCUCCCCCCUAG